GUGAGGAAGCAGCAGGCUUUUUGCGGCCGCCAUUUCUUCCGCCUUCAGUCUCGAUAUUUUGUAGAGCUUCCAACAGCGCUAUGUUGGGACAGAGCAUCCGGAGGUUCACAACCUCUGUGGUUCGUCGGAGCCACUACAAGGAGGGUCCAGGGAAGAAUAUACCAUUUUCAGUGGAAAACAAGUGGAGGUUACUAGCUAUGAUGACUUUGUUCUUUGGGUCUGGAUUUGCUGCGCCUUUCUUUAUAGUGAGACACCAACUGCUUAAAAAGUAACACAUGAGACAGAUAGGAAUAGGAACUAUAUUAAGAGGUGCAGUCUCUUAAAAGGAUCAAACCCUUGAACUCAGCAUCCUAGAUACGUUUGUAAAUAAACUUAUGGCAUUAAAAAAAAAAAAAAAAACAAGAAAAACUAACUUGAUACCAUCACUGAAUAUGACUUUCUUAAAAUUACAGUUUUUUCAUAUAACAGAAAUGAGUAUACAAGAAUGGACAUGGAAAACAUUUUAUUAAAGAAUUGUGUAAAAACUAUAGCAUACCUAAGAACAAACUUAUGGAAAAGCCACAUGUCCAUAUGAUGAGAACUGUAAAAUCUUAUCAAAGGAUUGAAAUAAAAUUUGAACAAAUAUAAGACAUAUCAUGUCUUGGAUAGGAAUACUAACAUAAAAAUGACUCUUUGUGACCCCAUGGACUAUACAGUCCAUGGAAUUCUCUAGGCCAGAAUACUGGAGUGGGUAGCCUUUCCCUUCUCCAGAGGAUCUUCCCAACCCAGGGACUGAACUCAGGUCUCCCAUAUUGCAGGAGAAUUCUUUACCAGCUGAGCCACAAGGGAAGCCCAAGAAUACUGGAGUGAUCACGUAGCCUAUCCCUUCAGCAGAUCAUCCUGACCCAGGAAUCAAACUGGGAUCUCCUUCAUUCCUCACCAACUGAGCUAUCAGGGAAGCCCCUAUAAAAAAAUGACAGCUCUCACCAAAUAUAAAAAGUCAAUGAAUAUAAAAAUUCCUGUAAGAAUUCAAGAAAGUUUUUUUUUUUAGAAUAGGAUAAAAUAACCUUAACGUCCACAUGGAAGAAUAAAGUUCUGAGAACAGCCAAAAAUAGCAUGGAAAAGAAGAGCAGCAAGAGGGGUACUUGCCUUACCUGGUAUUAAGAUCCCCAAAACCACUGUAAUUAAUCUGAAAUUGGCAAACGGCUACACAAAAGCAUCAGAACAAAAAGGGAACCCAGAAAUGAACCCCAGCUUAUAUGACCUUUUAGUAUAUAACAAAGGUGGUACCUAAAUUCAGUAAGAAAAGGAAGUUAACGGCACAACUGGACAUUCAUCUGCAAAGAAAACGAAUUUCUAUAUCAAUAUAUGGAAUAUCUACACAAUAUAUUUAAGAAUAAUUCCAAAUUGUAUUAG